AGGCCAGAACACAGAAAAAUAUAUGAUUUAUGGCCUGUUUGGCCCCUCGUAAUAUACGGACCAUGUAAGAGUUUUGAAUUGUCUUUCGAAAUCACCCUUAAAUGCUAUCAUAUAUCGGCUUGACUUACUACAACUGUUUCACUUUCACUUCAGGAAAUACCAAGCUGCUGUUUUCCACUUCCUGUUCUGUUAAAACGUAUUAUCUGUUUAUAAUGAAAAAACACAGUUUUCAGUACAAGUACUUUUAUUUUCACCUUAAAUGUAAAAGUUACUCUACGAAUAAGAUGAUCGUGCUAAUGAUUUUCGCUAUGACUCGGACAACAGACUCGGGAACCCAUUCAUUGUGGUUUUUCAGAGUGACAUCUUCAGAGAAUACACACUUACCUGACCACAUUGAUGUCACAAUGCUGGAUGACAUUCCCUUCACCUACUUUGACAGCAGGAUGCCACAGCCUUUGCUUCAAGUGGACUGGAUUAAGAAGUCAAUGGGCCAAGAGUUCUGGGAUCAACAAAUGUGGUAUAUUCUAAAAAAUCAUAACCGAUUUAAGUGGAAUUUGAAUCUCAUAUUGAAGCACUUUAAUCAUUCAGGCUUGCACAUUUAUCAGUCAGUUGGAGGCUGUGAGGCAGAUCAUUAUGGAAACAGAAAAUCAUUUUUAUAUCAUGGAUAUGAUGGGAAAGACUUUAUAAGUUUUGAUGUAAACACACUCUCUUGGACUGCUGCUGUACCUGGAGCCAUCUUUUACAAGAGGAAACAAGAAGCAGAUUCACAAAACCAAGAGGUGGAAAGACAUUAUUAUAGGAAUAUUUGUUAUAAUUGGCUGGAAAAGUUAAUCGAACAGGGGAGCAAGAUCAUAGAACAGAAAGCUGUGCCUAAAGUGAUGGUGUUCCAUAGAAAAUCCCUGAACCCUGUGAGAACGGACAUCAUUUGCCAUGUGACUGGAUUCUAUCCCCCCGACAUUGAGGUGAACUGGGUCAGAGAUGGAGAAAGUCAAGUCCAGGAGGGAGUAUGGAGCGGGGAGGUGUUGCCUAAUGGAGAUAGGACUUACCAGCAGAGAAAAAUGCUAACUGUGACUGCCGAAGAUGAAAUUAAAAAUAGCUAUUCUUGCCAGGUUCAUCACGCCAGUCUGAAUGGAACUCUAAAUGUGAAGUGGGAUUGUCCUACACAAUCCAGACAUCAUCUGAUCGCAUGUGUAAUGGUUGGUUUCGUUGUGGUUGGAGUCUUUAUUUGGUGGAUUUUUUUUAGAAGAAGACAAUGUCAACGAAGUCCUCAAGAUGAAGCUGCUGGAUAAAAGGUCAAUGAAGUAUAUAAAGAGUGCGGUAGUGCUUUGCCAAAGCUUGACUGUAAAAAGAUUACAAGACAAAGAACUAUUAAAUGAGACAACUUUACGAAACAGCUGGAAUGACCUACCUUUCGACUUUAUGUAAUCUGUUGAACCAUUUGGAUUAGCAAUUUAUGAAUUAUUGGAACGGAGACUAAACAGUUCAAUCUUGGUUUCUACAGACCAGAGAAUCUGGUUUCUCACUGUCUUGAGUGUCGUUUAGGGCUUCCAUGUAUCUUUUGCUGAGAAGAGGUGUCCUUCUGGUCAAAGUCAUAGAGUGUUGCAGGAUUGGUUGUUCUUCUGCACGUUUCUUCCAUCUCCAAACAGUUUUUUUUAACCUCAGCAAGAGUGAUCAUCAGGUUCAUGGCCACCUCUUUUACCAAGGCCCUUAUCCUCAAUUACUUAGUCUGGACAGGCAGCCAGUCCUAGGAAAAGUCGUGGUUGUUCCAAAUGUCUUCCAUUUCAGAAUUUGUAUGCUGACCACUGUUCUCUUGAGAAUCUUCAGUGCUGCAGGAAUGCUUUUUGUAUCUUUGCCAAGGUCUGUGCCUUGACACAAUCCUGUCUCUAAGCUUUGCCUUCAAUCCCUUCAACCAAAAGGCUUGGCUUUUGCUCUAACACACUUUGUCAACUGUGUGACUUUCUGUAGACAUCUACAUUCUAAUCAUGUCCAUUCAAUUGAAUUUAUGAAAGAUGGACUUCAAACGAGGUGUGGACACAUCUCGAUGAUAAUCAACAGAAUGGAAUGCGCCUGAACCAAGUUGCAUGUGUCAUAGUAAAAGUUCCGAAUACAUGCGUCAAUGACAUUUUACUGUUCUGUUCUUAAUAAAUUUGCAAAAAUUUCUAAAA